AUUCACCUCGCUAUCCAAACUUGAAAGAAAAAACAUCCCACCCCUGGUCCCCCCCCCAACAACCUUCGAGUACUCGACUCCCUCUGUCCAGACCAUCGAUCGCAAAACUAGCUACUCCGUACUCUGCCCAUCUCCACUCCAGCUUGCUUCCUCGUGGGCUCGUCUACUUGGCCGGGUUCAAUAUUGCGCCAUCCCGCGCUCUUCCUCCUUGCUCAUUUGCCAGUCGGUCAAAGGCGCUGGUCCACUCGGCGCUCGAAACUGGAGGCUUUGCCCACCUCUCCUCGAAUACCAAGUACCCUACCCUUUGUCCACCGGUCCUCGACUUCAAGCCUCAACCUGUCGCAGAGUCCACUCUCGCUUUGCCGCCAGUCCUCGGUGUCUUUGAUUUGAACGAAAAGCCGCCGAGUUGCUGCCACCAAAUCGUCGCUUGCCCUCCCCCUCCUUUGCGACUUCAACCUUUAUUGACCUUCUGGUCGCAUCGCUCUAUUCGGGUUUCCGCCGCGCAUACACUCUAUCACCUUUAGCAAGAGGAGGCAUUCUGUUGCUUGUCACUCCCGAGGGAAGGCCCUCAGUCCCAAAUCCGUAUUACAGUCUGUGACUCUGGUGGAGCCGUCAUUGUCGGAGAACGGAGGAGACAAAGGAGGAAAGCCUGACUUACUGCGCCGCACACUUUGGAUACGCGCUGAAAUCUGAAACUGCGGAGGACCAAAUCCAGCACACAACCACCGCCAUCCCCUCCUCCCAGGGACACUCUAGGGGAUUUGCUGCAGCAGGGACAAGGAAUCCAUCUCGCUCUUGUUUUGUGUCGCAUGCCUCGCCGUUGUUGCGCCGCGAUUGACCGUUCCGGAUACCAUUAAACUCUUCUGGAUUGUUUUGAGGCCUCGACUUUGACCACUGCCAAUUAUUCGCAAAAGGUCUUUUGACUUGGCCAACAACCACCAAGACCUCACAAAUACAAUCCGCCGCUGUGUUCGCCAUGGUUCAGCUUCGACGGCUUUGCCAGUAGGCCCCCUCGAACCCUCCCAAAUCCCCGGCUCCUCCAGCAAGAGACGACCGCCACUUUACCCGACCAAAUACUCGAAUAUGCCCCCGGUCGAGGUGGGCUCGAUCAUGUCAACACCGUUCCCGUCCUUCAUGUCAGUUGUUGGAAAGCCCGAUACGAGCAUCUUGAAGGCUAUGGAAGAGUUGACGUCCGCUCCGGAGACAUUGCCCGAGAGUGACACCCAGAUCCUCGUCACCGACGCAAAUCCCCCAACAGAGUCGACUGUGCAGCGCUCUGCUCUCUGCUUACACCACCGCGACAGCGUCACCUCGAUGACCUCCGCUUCUACAGAGUCAUCACCUACCACCACCAAUUCAACCUUUGAUUCUCCCUUGAUAACAGACUCUUCGCCCUCUUCUUCUCCCGAAUCAGCCACCUCGAAUGCUCCAGUAUCCCCUUUUCGGAACAUAAUGGUCAGACCCUCGGUAGAACAAUCGGGGAACCCUCGACAGCAAACGGCACCGCCAACCAGAGAAAAUGCGAACGGCCCUCCAACGAAGCCUGCCUUGGUCCCAGAGCUCCCCAAGAAUGUCAAGAAUCUAUCACUAAAUAUGAGCGCGGUGGUGCUACCCCGCCCUUCGACCGCACUUGGAUUCGAGUCCCACGCGUUCUCUGCCCCCGCGUCACCCUCGAAAGACGCUCCUCGAACAGGCCGGAAAAAGCCGAACAAUCUGACAAUCAGAACCCCUGGGUUUCAACAGGUGACAUUCAAUCGCGCAUUGGACGUGCCUCCAACACCUAGCUCCAGACCGUCGCUACAUCACAUGGCUUCUUCACCAGCCCUCGCCUCCCUGGCCUCUCCCACGAAACCUCCCCCAGGAGGGCUGUUCCUGCAUUUACCCGCCUCUGGCACAGUUCUGUCUGGGUCUGGCUCAGAGUUGAGCAACUCUGUUCAGUCGACCAAUCCUCAACUCCCAAAGGUGAAAGAAGAGGACGAAUUCCACCCGCAGAGAUCACAAGAAACUCAAGAAAGGGGAUACCCGAAAGGACCUGUCCUGAUAUACGACAGCGGGGUCUACCUAUACCUGGAGCCGACGGCGCAAGAGGCGAGCCAAUUCGACAUGGUCAUCAAUGUUGCCAAGGAAAUUAAAUGCCCUUUCGAAAUGGUUCCACCGAAGAACGAGAUUGAACCCCAGACAGCCAUUUCGGAGAUGUCGUUCAAAUCGGCGUGGGAGUGGCCUCAACCCAACGAAAUCCCAACGCCGACUACCCCUCGGCCGAACUUCCACGCUCAAAGGUCGCAGCCUGAAUACUUGCAUGUGCCAUGGGACCAUAAUUCGGAAAUAUUGGAGGAUCUGUACUCCCUAUGUCGACUAAUUGAUGAAAGAAUACAGGCAGGCAAAAAGGUUUUAAUACACUGCCAGCUAGGAGUCAGCCGCUCGGCCUCAUUGGUAAUCGCGUACGGCCUGUAUAAAGGCUAUCAGCCGGAUUUCCACUCGAUGUAUAUGGCGGUGAAGCAACGGAGUGAAUGGGUGGGGCCCAACAUGAGCCUGAUCUAUCAAUUGACGGACUUCCGGUCAAAGGUUGUCAAGGGAGUCUAUGGCGACCAUUGCAACAAUCCCAAGCCGAGCUGGUGGAAGAUACCCUCGUCGGAUCCUCCUAUCAUGGACACACCAGUGGCAAAGCAAUCUUCUUGGCUCGGUGAGAGCGCGCCAGUUCAGAUGGGUGCUUUUGGCUCUGGGUCUCAAGAGAAAGCUCUGCCGCCGCUGAGGCUUGACAAGGCGCUUCCUCCGGUGCCCCUGUUUCCCCGGGAUGAGCAAGCGAAUAUAAUCGCCACACCAGUCAAGUUGAGCCAGAUAUUGGGAAGUAUUGCGAGGCAACCGCCCGAGACCACGAAGCGAUUCGUCCCGGAACCGGUUGCUGAGGCACGUAAUUCUCCACGUCCUCAAAGCCCUCCACAAAGCGUGUCGCCUAGGCCACUGCCAUUCCGCGAGCGAUUUGACUCUCCACCUCCCGAGCAGUCACCCAAUCCCUCCAAGACGCCCAGGUUAGGGCUCGUGACGAGCUCGCCCAGGAUGGAUCUCGCCGCUGAGGAACCCGAUAUUCCCUCGAUCUUGUCACCGAGGGCCACAGAAUUCAUGGUAUCCCCAUUCGGCAUCACGACUGCAGCAGACCUUACCAUGGCUAAUGGCAAUGGCAAGAAUGUUAAAAGAGGAGUCUUACUCCCGCGACAAUUACAGCAACCUACAUCAUACGCGCUAGCGGGUCAGAUACCGACACCGUUUGACCCUAGGAGUCCCCACCAGCAAGGUGAAGCACCCGAGAUAUUUCGGAAUAUCGACGACUUCCUAUGAACAGAAGCUACGCAUGCAGGACAGGCGGGCAAGGCACGGCCUACUUCAUUUUGGAUUGAUGUCUGAAAUAGAAUGGACAUUGUGGAAGCAUUUUGAACAUAGCGUGGCGUUUUUUCUGGCAAGGGCAAUCCCCAGGGACAGCAGAACCAUGAAGAUAAUGGUCAGCAUGCAUGAAAAGGGGUCUCCAAGCCCUACGAAAAGGAUGUUGGGAACUGUCAGUUUCGAACAAUUGUACAACUAGUCACGACAGGAAUGGAUUGUAUGGUGGUUUAAUGCGUCAAGGGGUGGGAGAGUCCUCGGAUCCCACGCCGCCGAGAAGGAGCUACAGAGGAAGCUCACGGUCUGGAUCCGUAAGGCGGUCGUCGAGGGAUAUGUUGCGAUUGCAAAUGGAGGUUGAAGACAUACCUUACACAACUGAGCGAACAGCCAUUGUCUGUCUCGACCGUUGAAUAAAAUUUCAUCCAUGAAUCAUA